UUUUUAAAAGCAACGCUCUGAUCAACCGUUAGUUACUGAAAAGACAAAGAUCGGUUUUGGUGGUUGAUAGAUUUAGCAAGCAUUUAAUUAAAUAUUUUCACGAGUAUUUAUCGUGACAUAUAGUACAAUGAGGGAAAUUGUUCACCUACAAGCGGGUCAAUGUGGAAAUCAGAUCGGCGCCAAGUUUUGGGAGGUGAUUAGUGAUGAACAUGGGAUAGAUCCAACUGGGACAUACCAUGGGGACAGCGACCUUCAGCUGGAGAGAAUAAAUGUUUACUACAAUGAAGCGACUGGAGGAAAAUAUGUCCCCAGAGCCAUCUUGGUCGAUCUUGAGCCUGGCACCAUGGAUUCAGUUCGGUCUGGCCCAUUUGGACAAAUAUUUAGACCAGAUAACUUUGUGUUUGGGCAGAGUGGUGCUGGUAACAACUGGGCUAAAGGCCACUACACAGAGGGAGCAGAGCUGGUGGACUCUGUUCUGGAUGUGGUGAGGAAAGAGGCUGAGAGCUGUGACUGUCUACAGGGAUUUCAACUCACUCACUCCCUGGGUGGAGGCACAGGAUCCGGCAUGGGAACUCUACUGAUCAGCAAAAUCCGUGAAGAAUACCCAGACCGAAUCAUGAACACCUUUAGCGUGGUGCCCUCUCCAAAAGUAUCGGAUACUGUUGUUGAGCCUUACAAUGCUACCCUCUCAGUUCACCAGCUUGUAGAGAACACGGAUGAAACCUAUUGCAUAGACAAUGAAGCCUUGUAUGAUAUCUGCUUCCGUACCCUGAAGCUGACCACCCCCACAUAUGGUGAUCUAAAUCACCUGGUAUCAGCCACCAUGAGUGGAGUCACUACCUGCCUGAGGUUCCCUGGCCAGCUGAAUGCUGACCUACGUAAGCUAGCCGUCAACAUGGUCCCCUUCCCCCGCCUGCACUUCUUCAUGCCUGGCUUCGCCCCCCUCACCAGCAGAGGCAGCCAGCAGUACCGUGCCCUGACUGUCCCCGAACUCACCCAGCAGAUGUUUGACGCUAAGAACAUGAUGGCCGCCUGCGACCCCCGCCAUGGUCGUUACCUCACCGUGGCCGCCAUCUUCCGAGGCCGCAUGUCCAUGAAGGAGGUGGACGAGCAGAUGCUGAACGUCCAGAACAAGAACAGCAGCUACUUUGUGGAAUGGAUCCCCAACAACGUGAAGACCGCAGUCUGCGACAUCCCGCCCCGCGGCCUCAAGAUGGCCGCCACCUUCAUCGGCAACAGCACGGCCAUCCAGGAGCUGUUCAAGCGCAUCUCUGAGCAGUUCACAGCCAUGUUCCGUCGUAAGGCCUUCCUGCACUGGUACACCGGGGAGGGCAUGGACGAGAUGGAGUUCACUGAGGCAGAGAGCAACAUGAACGACCUGGUGUCAGAGUACCAACAGUACCAGGAUGCCACUGCUGAGGAGGAGGGAGAGUUUGAAGAGGAGGGAGAGGAGGAUAUGGGCUGAAGACCCCUUGGUUCGCCCCCCCUGUCCCUUGGUUCGCCCCCCUGUCCCUUGGUUCG